AAGUUUCGUCUGCCCACUUAAAGCUUCUUUUGACUUUUCUGAGUUCUAAUAGAUACACGUGGUAAUCUAUCUCAAAUAGCAAUGGAAGUCAGUAACCAAACAAAGUCUAGCAGUGAUUUUGUAAAAGUGCCUAAACGCAAAGCUGCGAAACGCAAAGCUAUUCAGCCUGAAAAUGCGGAGAAAAAUGAAAGUACAUCAAUGGAGGUGUCGGAAGAGACUGCUGUGGAUAGACCCGCCUUCCCCCCUAUCAAGAGAGAAAAGUUGGAGAACGGAGUCGAAAUACGUAAAAUAUCUGUGCCUGCUCACAGAUAUUCUCCAUUGAAAGAAAAUUGGAUGAAACUUUUUACUCCUAUUGUUGAACAUCUUCAUCUUCAAAUCAGGUUCAAUUUGAAGAAUCGCCAAGUUGAGCUUCGAACAUGCAAGGACACUAAAGAUAUAGCAAAUGUUCAAAAGGCUGCUGAUUUCGUGAAGGCUUUCAUCUGUGGGUUUGAAGUAGAAGAUGCAUUGGCUCUGAUUCGUCUUGAUGAUCUCUUUGUUGAUUCUUUUGAGAUCAAAGAUGUCAAAUCAUCUCUUAAAGGCGAUCAUUUGAACAGAGCAAUUGGAAGAUUGGCAGGAAAGGGUGGUCGGACAAAAUUCACCAUUGAAAACGUAACGAAGACAAGAAUUGUUUUGGCUGAUCAGAAAAUUCAUAUUCUUGGUUCAUACCAAAACAUUCAGAUUGCUAAAAGAGCUAUUUGUAAUCUUAUUUUGGGCUCCCCUCCUUCUAAAGUUUAUGGUAAUUUGAGAGCCGUUGCUAGUAGGUCAUCUGAUCGUUUCUAAAAGACGUGUUACACCACUGUACAAAACAGACUAUUGGCAUUUUCCAAUACACUUCAAUGAACUCAUGGUA